UCUCAACUUGACGAUGGUGUUGAACGAUGGAAUAUUCGUGGGGUCAAAUGGAAACCACUUUGUCACGGACCAGCUAGACUCGUUCGAGUGUUUUCGGGUUGCUGAAGCUCAAAUGGAAACAUUACAGCAGAACCCACUUUCGCUCGACCUUUUUCUACGUCUGUCUUUUGUACUUUUUGAUAAGGCGCUGUUGUAUACUCUGUAUCUCUCCUACUCUUUAUGCGAUAGAGCUUAAAGAGACCUACUUUUUAGCGUUAUUUACGAACCCAUUAAACCCCAGCUAUUUUCAAUAGAAAAUGUUUUACCAAAUUUUACCUCAGUCUUCUCAUAAAUCUAACGCUUGUCCUCGUUUCGUUUCUUCUGCACGUUCCUGUCUUUAAAAUGUUCUAACGUCUUUCCUAUAGGACAUUGAGCUAUCCCUUUUCGCUACAUCCGAAAAUGACGAACGUGUGUAAUAUGCUGUUGAACACAACAGUAUUAUCGCUGUCUCAGAUAACUGAUGGCCCAUUCAUCCGACACGCGCAAGGGUCGAACAAUUAAACCCUAUGCAGCUUAUGGCCAGAAAGAAAAAUCUUUGGCUUCCCAUCCCUACCUUUUUCAAUGUCUGAUAAUUUUUUUUUGACAGGUUGUUUUGUCGAUAACCAGUUGAUCUCCCUUUUUUUUUUUAAUUUUCCCAUGAUCGCAUAGUACAUCGACACUUGUAUAUCAAAGGGACCGCUGUCCAGGAUUCUUUUCUUUCUCCUUCAAGUGGAUUAAUAAAGAGGGAGUGUCUAGGAGAUUUUACUUUCGAAACAUUCUGAUGCAAUUAGCACAAUUUAAUCAGUAGAUAAGAAAAAGAAAAAAAUAAUCCAAAAGAUUCCCGUGUGUCCUUGUCGAUUGCCCUAUUCAUUUGGUAUGACUAUAAAUCGGUGCUUUUGUUGAGUGCAAGUUGUGACCAGCAGAUGACAUACAUGUACGUUGAGCUUUACCCUCUGCCGGACAUUUUUCUUACUACGAUCUGUAUACCGCACCCAGCCCCCACCCGGACAGUCUUGGCUUUUUUGUGGAAUUUCAUCAGAGCAGCAUUAGUAAGACAGCAACGAGCACAAGCUAAUUUGUUUGGCGUUAUAAUUUGUGUGAUUGAAAGAUUGAUUUAAAGUUUUCAUCAAAGUGGUGGUGUUUUCCCUACCACAACUUUUUGUUAAAUUAGUGCAGUGUCUAAAAGAAAAUGCAAGCCAUCAAAUGUGUAGUGGUCGGCGAUGGUGCUGUAGGUAAAACUUGCUUGCUCAUCAGUUAUACCACCAAUGCCUUUCCUGGAGAAUACAUCCCUACAGUGUUCGACAACUACUCUGCAAAUGUGAUGGUAGAUGGAAAACCCAUCAAUCUAGGACUUUGGGAUACAGCAGGUCAGGAAGAUUAUGACAGGUUAAGACCCUUGUCAUACCCUCAGACGGAUGUUUUCCUCAUUUGUUUUUCACUGGUCAACCCUGCCUCAUUUGAGAACGUCCGUGCCAAAUGGUACCCUGAAGUGCGUCACCAUUGUCCGAAUACGCCGAUUAUAUUAGUAGGAACCAAGCUCGAUUUGCGUGAUGAUAAAGAUACUGUAGAGAAGUUAAAAGAGAAGAAAUUGUCUCCAAUCACUUAUCCCCAGGGUCUUGCAAUGGCGAAAGAAGUCGGUGCUGUCAAAUAUCUUGAAUGCAGUGCUCUGACCCAGAAGGGUUUGAAGACAGUCUUUGAUGAAGCAAUAAGGGCCGUCCUUUGCCCUGUUCCCAAACCAAAAAAAGGGUCCAAAUGCGGCUUUUUGUGAAGACCAAAACGUUUUCCUUUCAUCUGUUCUGUUUACUUUUUUUUUUAUUUUUUUCCCCUUUCUGGCCAAAUUCAUGUCAUCAAAUCCUUUUGAGUUCAAUUUCGUAAUCUUUUUCUUCGUUACACUCCUGGUUGCGAAUUCUUCUUGUACAAUUUGCGAGUUGUUAAAGGUGAAUUAACCCCCCCCCCCCCUAAAAAAUUGUCGAGGUGCGCGCACAACGCUGAAUUGAAAUUACGUUCCAGGGCUUUCUAUCUCUUAACUUUAGUGCCGACUCGAGACUUUCGACCUGCGUUUGCCAUUGUUAAUUCUUAGCUUACAUCAAUUUCAACAUUUUCUUCUUUCAUAUUUCACCUAUCAUUUUUCAUCACCUUUAUUUUUUUUUCCAAACUUGUAGGAACUGAUUUGAAUACCAUCAUAGAUGUAAUGCUGAAACAUCAACAACAAAAAAAUAAUAAAAUAACAAAGAACUGU